CGACCCUACUCUGGCGGAGCGCCGCCUCGUUGUGCAAGGGUAGCGCAAGCUCAUUGUUUGAGUGGAUCUUUGGAGGGAGGAGGAAGAAGAGGAGGGGGAGGUGAUUUCUAGGGUUUUGGGGUAGAUAACGCGUCUUGCAGGGGUGGGGGGGCUGGUGAGAGGCGGGCGCAGUUGUGGAGUGGAUCUUAGGAGGAAGAGGAGGAAGAGGAGGAGAGGGAGAACGGGGAGGUGAUCUCUAGGUUUUGGUGGGGCGUUGGUUCUUGUGGUGGUGGGGGGUUUGAUGAGAAUCGGGAGGGGGAUCGCGAAUCUAUGACGAGAGGAGGGCGCGAGAUGAGAGGGUUGCUCAUGGAAUGGCAGAUCCCGAUGGCCAUGGGAGGAGAACGAACGGGGAGGUCGACCAGCCUGUUUCUCAACGGUUUUUGCACCUAGAGAAGGAAUAUUUGUCCUUUUUGCCGAUACAUAACAGCGGAGAAAGGUCUAUUGAUCUGAUAUCCAAAGAUAAAGUUGAGGCGGAGGUACGGAUUGACAGCAUUAAUACAAUUUUUUCUACAGAUCGAUGUGGUCGAUCGAAGAUUGAUGGUGAGCUUCAUUUUGAGGAUACCAAAGAUUUGCAGGAGACCAGAGAUUUGAUUUCUGAUAGUCAAAGCAACAACUCCAUCAGCACUGUUCUCCCGAAAAGUUCAACUGACAACAACCAAAACAUAACAACUCUACCUGUAGUAUCUUCUUCAGAAAAUUUGGUUUAUUUAGAAAGAUCAGAUGUAACAAAUAUGCACACAAAGGGGAGCUCUUCAGAUGUUUUCCGAGUUAGCGUUUCUAGUGCUCCCAGCACAUCUAGUCAUGGUUCCGCACAGGAUGACUGUGAUUCUUUAGGAGAUGUUUAUGUAUGGGGUGAGGUCAUAUGCGACAUUUCUACAAGAAAAGGUCCUGAUAAAACUGUUUGGCCUUCAGUUGGUAGAACUGAUCUCCUUCUUCCUAAACCCUUGGAAUCCAACAUAGUUCUCGAUGUCUGCCACGUGGCUUGUGGGGUCAGGCAUGCUUCCCUGGUUACGAAACAUGGGGAGGUCUUUUCUUGGGGAGAAGAGUCAGGUGGUCGUCUUGGUCAUGGGGUCGGAUCGGACGUUAUUCACCCCCGUUUGGUUGAGUCUUUAUCAAUUUCUAAUGUUGAAUUUGUUGCAUGUGGGGAGUUCCAUACAUGUGCUAUAACCAUUGCAGGUGAACUGUAUACAUGGGGAGAUGGGACCCACAAUGUUGGGCUUUUGGGUCAUGGUACGGAUACCUCCCACUGGAUUCCUAAGAGGGUUUCGGGACCGCUGGAGGGGCUUCGAGUUGCUUAUGUUUCUUGUGGAACCUGGCACACAGCGUUGAUCACUUCAGCUGGGCAGCUGUUCACUUUUGGUGAUGGAACUUUUGGUGUCUUAGGGCAUGGAGAUAGAGAGAGUGUCUCUUACCCUAGAGAGGUAGAGUCUUUGAUUGGUCUAAAGACGAUUGCUGUUGCCUGUGGUGUAUGGCAUACAGCCGCCGUGGUGGAGGUCAUAGUUUCUCACUCUACUACAAGUGUCUCGUCAGGGAAGCUAUUCACCUGGGGAGAUGGGGACAAGUACCGCCUUGGUCAUGGGGAUAAGGAACAACGACUUGAACCCACCUGCGUACCUGCCUUGAUUGAGUACAAUUUCCACAAGGUAGCUUGUGGGCACAGUCUCACUGUCGGCUUGACCACCUCCGGACAUGUUUUUACAAUGGGUAGCAGUGUUUACGGUCAGCUCGGAAAUCCCCAGUCGGAUGGGAAGCUUCCUUGUUUGGUGGAAGAUAAGCUUUCCGGUGAAUCGGUUGGGGACGUUGCUUGUGGUUCAUACCAUGUUGCAGUUUUGACUAACAAAAGUGAGGUUUUUACUUGGGGGAAAGGAGCAAAUGGCAGGUUAGGACACGGCGAUCUCGAAGAUCGGAAAACACCGACACUUGUUGAAGCUUUGAAGGAUAGAGCAGUUAGACAUAUAGCUUGUGGUGCGAAUUUCACUGCUGCUAUAUGCCAGCAUAAAUGGGUUUCGGGUUCAGAACAAUCUCAGUGUGCCUCAUGUAGGCAAGCUUUUGGGUUUACCCGAAAAAGGCAUAAUUGCUAUAAUUGUGGACUCGUCCAUUGUCAUGCUUGUAGUUCAAGAAAGGCAUUGAGAGCGGCAUUGUCUCCUAAUCCCGGAAAGCCAUAUCGGGUUUGUGAUUCCUGUUUCAUAAAAUUGAGUAAAGUAUUGGACUCUUCUGGAAUUAAUGGCAAUAAGAAUGCUGUAUCCCGCUUCUCUGGUGAAAGCAAAGAUAGGCUUGAAAAAGUAGAUAUGAAAUUGGCGAAAGCCAUUUUGCCUAGUAAUUUGGAUAUGAUGAAGAAUUUGGAUAUCAAAGCAGCUAAGCAAGGGAAGAAGACGGAUUCCUUACCAUUUAUUCGGAACCCUCAGAUUAAUUCAUUGCUGCAACUAAAAGAUAUCACCUUUUCUGGUGGGAUAGACUUGAAUAAAGCUGUUCCAAAAGCAGUUCGAACGUCUGUGGUUCACUCUGUAAAUCCUUCAAGAGCUGUUUCGCCUUUCUCGCGAAAACCUAGUCCUCCUCGUUCUGCAACUCCUAUUCCCACUACUCAUGGCCUUUCCUUCUCCAAAAGUGCUGCCGAUAGUCUUAAAAAAACGAAUGAGCUUCUGAACCAAGAAGUUCAGAAGUUGCGCGCUCAGGUUGAUACUCUGAGACAGCGGUGCGAGCUUCAAGAAUUUGAGUUGCAGAAGCUAGCGAAGAAGGCCCAAGAAGCCACAGUGGUGGCUGCGGAGGAAUCUGCGAAGUCCAAAGCUGCGAAAGAAGUUAUAAAGUCACUAACAGCACAGCUUAAAGAUAUGGCCGAAAGAUUGCCUCAGGGUGUUUAUGAAGGCGAGGAAAUAAAACAAGUCCAUAUUCCAAAUGGCGUCGAGCCACAUACUACACACUACUCAAAUACAAAUGGUUCCCACCAAAUAAGAGAUGAAAAUGGGUUAAACAUACAUUCUCCCAACUCUAUGCACCUGACACAUACAAAUGGCGAUAGUCAUGAGAUCAAUGAAACAAGCGCGCGAUUUCAAAACCCUAGGAUUGCAAACUCUCACGAAUAUGAACAUAAUAACAGAAGGAUGCAUACUAAUGGUUAUGAAGAGAUGCCAACAUCGAGAAAUAUACUAGAGGAGAAUGUCAGCAGGGAGGAGCCGCUGCAAAAUGGUGAAAAUGGAUUGAGGUCUCGGACUACAUUGGUAACUACUAAUAAUCAAGUCGAGGCAGAGUGGAUUGAACAGUAUGAGCCUGGUGUGUAUAUAACUCUCGUGGCUCUUCGUGAUGGAACCCGAGAUUUGAAGAGGGUGCGAUUCAGUCGCCGAAGAUUUGGGGAGCAUCAAGCAGAAGCCUGGUGGUCCGAGAACCGAAUUAGGGUUUACGAGAGAUAUAACGUUCGCUGGUCUGAAAGAGCCUCAUCGGCAGCCUCCAUUCACUCAUUUCAGUCGGCCCGUUGAUCCCAAGAAAAAACUCAUCUUAGAAGCAUCGAAACGGCCGUCGAAACCGUAUGUUGCAUGCUUUUUCCCAUUCAUAUUAAUUAGAUAUCUAUAAAUAGAUAUAUGCCAUCAAGAUAUGCUAUUUCUUUCUUGAUUGCACCUUCUCUGUCUUUUUUGCCUGUUGUAUUGUAGUGUACAUAACAUUGCCAAAAAAUUUUAGAUAAAUGAGAUUAGUGAUUUGGGCAGAGAGAGAGAGAGAGAGAGAGAGAGAGAGAGACAGACAGACAGACAGAGAGGUGUUUUUCUCCGUACACCUUUUAUUAUUAGCAAUCGCAGUAAAAUUUCCUUCAAUUUUCAUGAGAA